CCCAGUCUCCACUUUUAAUACGCGCUCCUACACAACUCCGGGUGAUGCAGACCUAACUGGGAAUCUAGACCGACUGGCCGGGAAGACACACGAGCACCACAUUCAUGACCGACUAUUUGGAUUGUAAUAUCAAUAAACCGUGGAAGAUUGAGGGAAAAUUGAAGAAAAACUUGGAAACUAAUCUGAAUAUUUUUCCGUCUUGUUUCCAGGGGGAGUGAGUUACGAGGACAGCUCUAGGAGGACAUCAAACAGACUAGACCAGCAGCCUUCCACCUCCCAGCACCAUGCUGCUCAGAGCACCCCUCACUGCUGUCUGGCUGGCCCUUCUACUCAGCUACGGUAGUGAAGCCAAACCAAACGGAUCCAAGAACAAGAAACCAAAACAAGUGGUUCCAGCCAUAGAGUGUGACAUCCGGGCGGGGAAGAUCAACCUCCCAGAAUUCAUAGCUAAAUGCCCAUCUGACUGUAAACAAACAAAAAGUCAGGUUUAUGGGACAGGAGUCUUCGCUUCCAUCUCCAGCAUCUGUAACGCUGCCAUACACAGCGGUGUCAUCACUAACUCAGGGGGUAAAGUGAUUGUUAGGAAGAUGGCUGGACAGAACAUCUAUAAAGGCUCUAACUCCCACGGGCUCCGAUCUCUGUCUCUGCCCAAGUGGAGAGAGUCCUUCGUUGUCUCAGUUGGUAAGCCAAAGAAAGGAGUCAUCUAUCCGUCUUCUCUGGACUAUAUUCCCUCGAGACCUACAUACAGCAAAACAGGUCAGAAAGAGACCAAAGCCCCUGUGGUCACUACCGUAAUGCCGGCUACAACGCCAGAACCCACCAGGACUACCACACCUCCACCCACUACGGCCACCACCACACCUCCACCCACUACCACCACAACCCUCCCACCCACCACCACUACUACAACAGCCAAGCCCCGCGCUGCUGUCCACAAAGCCAGGGAUACAGACAGCAGUCAUCCGUACUUUGCGUCUGUAGCAGCAGCCUCCAGUGCAAGGCAGUCACAGAAUGGCCACGGAAAGGUGACAGCCCAAGCAAUCAGAGGCGGUACCUACACCAGUAGGUUUCCAUCACGAGCCAAAGCAGGUAUACGGAGACCAGAGGCUGUCGGGUCUCCUACCAUCAGGAGACAACCAGCCCCCGGCCACCACUCCGGGACAGCUUUCAACCGAGUUGUACAGAUGUUCCCAGCGGAGAGGAACCAGCAGCAGCAACAGAACAACCCCACUUUGGCUCGUAGGGAUAGGCCGCCCACUUCCUUCGCACGACCUGAUUGGUACCCUGGAGCGAGACGGCCAACAGACGUAAGUCAAGCAGCUCCAGAUUCAGGCUACACAUGGAGCGAGGCGGAGACAGCGCCAGAGAUGACAGGUAAGUCAGCCCGCGACCCCAGGCCUGAUAUCUCCGAGUAUGAACGCUGGUAUUAUAACUUUGGACAGUACCCACCCCAGUCCACAGACCCCGAGCCACAAGACACAACUCACACUAGAGUGGGACCAGUGGACUCCUGGAAACCAGAAGUGAACCCUUUUGAUUCAGGAUUCAGUGUGAGAGAGCAGGACUCACUACCCCGGGCCGACCCAGAGCCUGUUACUCAGGGAGACCCAAACUGUAAAGUUGACAUAGCAUGGCUGAUGGACGGUAGCUGGAGUAUUGGGAAGCGUCGCUUUAAGAUCCAGAAGGACUUCCUGGCUGAGGUGGCACAGGUCAUCAACGUGGGCAUGGCCGGACCCAUGAUGGGCGUCAUCCAAUACGGAGAUGAUCCGGUCACAGAGUUCAGUCUGAAGGCCUAUACUAACUCCAGAGAGCUGAAACCUGCCAUAGACAAGAUCACACAGAAGGGAGGGAUGUCCAACGUGGGGAAGGCACUCUCCUAUAUCAACAAACAUUACUUCAGCGACGCCAACGGUAACCGGGGCGGAGCGCCCAACGUGGCUGUGGUUCUGGUAGACGGCUGGCCAACCGACAAGGUAGAGGAGGCAUCACGCCAGGCCAGAGAGUCUGGUAUCAACAUCUUCUUUGUGACCAUCGAGGGACCCGACGAGAACGAGAAGCAGAAUGUGGUGGAGCCGAACUUUGUGGACAAGGCGGUGUGUCGAACCAACGGUUUCUACUCCCUACCCGUGUCGAGCUGGUUCGCCUUGCGGAAGGCAGUCCAACCCCUUGUCAAGCGUGUGUGCGACACCGACCGUCUCGUCUGCAGCAAGACCUGCCUUAACGCAAACGACAUCGCCUUCGUCAUCGACGGAUCCAGCUCUGUGGGCACCGGGAACUUCCGGACCGUCCUGCAGUUCGUCGCUAACAUCACGCGGGAGUUUGAGAUAUCGGACACGGACACACGAGUCGGCGCAGUACAGUAUACGUACGAACAACGGCUGGAGUUUGCCUUCGGCCAACACAACAACAAGGCUGAUCUGCUUAAUGCCAUAAAGAGGAUUAAUUACUGGAGUGGCGGGACCAGUACUGGAGCGGCUAUCACCUACGCGGCAGAGCAGCUGUUCAGCAAGUCCAAACCCAACAAACGCAAGAUCAUGAUCGUUAUCACCGAUGGGAGGAGCUACGAUGAUGUCAGAGCUCCAGCGUUGGCCGUCCAUCGCCAAGGUGUGAUAGCGUACUCCAUCGGCAUCGCCUGGGCAGCGCAGGACGAGCUGGAAUACAUCGCCACCGACCCCGACAAGGAGCACUCCUACUUCGUAGAUGAGUUUGACAGCCUCUACAAGUUCGUCCCCAAGGUGGUCAAUAACAUCUGUCAGGAGUUCAACUCACAGCCACGCAACUGAGCUGAGCAGGGAGGGCACCUAAUUCCCUAUAUAGUGCACUACUUUUGAACAGGGCCCCUAGGGCCAUAGACCCACCUUGCUUACGUACACCUAUACUUAUAAAUCUGUGCUUACAUAUCAAGGAAACAAGGAAGGAAGGAAGAAUAUGUUUGUAAAGUUUUGAAACAGGGGCAUAGGGGCUGUAGGGAGGGGGUUAUAUAUUUGUAUUAGGAUCCCCACAAGCUAAUUAGCAGCACUAUCAUGGAGACAGGACAGGGGCUCUACAAAAUGUAUUACCGGUAAGUUACCAAAAUGAAAAAUUGUUGUAAUAGUUGGUGCUGAAUGGGCAAUAGUUUAAUUCCCAUGGGAGGUUAUUGGUUUGAAGGCAGUGGGCAUACGAACAUGAAUAAAAUUGGCUCACAACGAUUAAACUUUG